AUGCCUUUCCAUGUGGAGGGACUGGUGGCCAUAGCUGUGUUUUACCUGGCUAUCCUGGCAGUUGGGAUAUGGGCUGCUUGGAAAACCAAGAACACCGGCAGCGAUGGAGAUCGCAGCGAAGCUAUUAUCGUCGGCGGAAGAGACAUUGGCUUGCUAGUUGGUGGAUUUACAAUGACCGCCACAUGGGUUGGAGGAGGUUACAUCAACGGGACUGCAGAAGCUGUGUAUGUCCCAGGCUACGGUCUAGCUUGGGCUCAGGCACCUAUUGGAUAUUCCCUUAGUCUGGUCUUAGGUGGUCUGUUUUUUGCAAAACCUAUGCGAUCCAAAGGCUAUGUGACAAUGUUAGACCCUUUUCAGCAGCUUUAUGGAAAAAGGAUGGGAGGACUCCUGUUUAUUCCAGCUCUAAUGGGAGAAAUGUUUUGGGCUGCUGCCAUCUUCUCUGCCUUAGGUGCCACAAUAAGUGUGAUCAUUGACAUUAAUGUCAAUCUUUCAGUCAUUAUUUCUGCCCUUAUUGCAACUCUGUACACUCUUGUGGGUGGGCUUUAUUCUGUGGCCUACACUGACGUCGUUCAGUUGUUCUGCAUCUUCCUUGGGCUGUGGAUCAGCGUACCCUUUGCAUUGUCCAAUCCUGCAGUGACAGACAUUGGUUUCACAGCUGUGCAUGAGGUGCACCAAGCACCUUGGCUCGGAACUAUUGGCUCACUUAACAUUUACACCUGGCUGGACAAUUUCCUUUUGCUGACAUUCGGAGGUAUCCCAUGGCAAGCAUAUUUCCAGCGAGUUCUUUCCUCAUCUUCUGCCACAUAUGCUCAAGUUUUGUCAUUUCUGGCUGCUUUUGGCUGCAUUGUGAUGGCAAUUCCUGCAGUACUCAUCGGCGCAAUUGGAGCAUCCACAGCCUGGAACCAGACUGAAUAUGGUGUUCCUGACCCUAUUGCUAAUAAAGAAGCGGAUAUGAUUUUACCAAUUGUGCUCCAGUAUCUUUGCCCAGUCUACAUUUCAUUCUUUGGCCUCGGUGCUGUAUCUGCUGCUGUCAUGUCAUCAGCUGACUCUUCAAUUUUAUCAGCAAGUUCUAUGUUUGCUCGGAACAUUUACCAGCUCUCAUUUCGGCAAAAUGCCUCAGACAGGGAAAUCGUAUGGGUCAUGAGAAUCACUGUUUUUCUCUUUGGAGCAUCAGCGACAGCAAUGGCGCUGCUGGCAUCAUCAGUGUACGGCCUGUGGUACCUCAGCUCUGAUCUUGUUUAUAUCAUCAUAUUCCCCCAGCUCUUGUGUGUGCUGUUUAUUAAAGGAACCAACACCUAUGGUGCCAUUGCAGGAUACUUAUUUGGCCUUGUUCUCAGAAUAACUGGAGGAGAACCAUACCUCUACCUUCAGCCCUUGAUCUACUAUCCUGGUUGCUAUCCUGAUGAAAAUAAUAUCUACGUCCAGCGAUUCCCAUUUAAAACACUUGCAAUGCUUACCUCCUUCUUUACUAACAUUAUAGUCUCCUACUUAGCCAAAUACUUAUUUGAGAGUGGGACUUUGCCACCAAAGCUGGAUUUCCUUGAUGCUGUGGUUGCGAGGUACAGUAGAGAACAUAUGGACAAAGCAACACUUGUAAAGAGUGACAAUAUUGUAUUAAAUGAACUCGCACCUGUGAAUCCACGACACAGUCUAACUUUGAGCUCAACUUUCACAAACAAGGAAGCCUUUAAUUAUGUUGAUUCAAGUCCAGAUCUGUCCAACACUGAAGAUAAUUAA